AUGCUGAAAUCAAAGUCAGUGAUCUGCUUGGUGGCAAUUGGAGCCACCAACAAAGCGGCACAGGCACUGAACAACUGGUUGGAUACCUUCGGCUCCGACCUGAGGUGUGGGAAGCCAUUCUACCCCAUAGCGGAACCAAGGCGGUCUUCUUCACAAAAGUCGGGGACCGUUCUGGUGACUCACCUCACUGGGUGCGAGGCGAAAAGACUGAGGCCAAAGAGAGCUACUUCCGUAGGGUGCUGGCACUUCAGAAAAACCGCAAGCAGCCCAUACUCUACCGUGCCGGAGGAGGCAAUGACCUUGGGUUUGCACACCAGCCUGGGGACACUAAGGAAGAAAGACCGAAAUGCCUCUCUGUCCAAGGGGCCCCGAAACAAUGGGAUGAACAUGAUUUGA